AUGUCAGUAGACGUAACCUUCGAUAUCGUCACCGCCAGCAUAUGCGCGGCUCUCAUCCUCGUCCGCUGCGGCUACCGCAUCUUCUCGCGCUGCAGGGUUCACGACUCGUGCCAUCGGACAUGGCACGCCGACGACGCUUACAUGGCCUUCGCCAUAGUGCCUCUCAUCGGCCGCACUACCUGCAUCGCAAUCUCCUUCGUCCUCAACCCGACACACACCUUUGGUCUACCAACGCCAGAAGACGCCGCCGCGCAGGGCGUCUCCAUCGCGCAGCUUGAGGAGAACUAUGUCGCCUCCCGGAAGCUGCUGAUCCCGCCACGAAUAUUCUAUGCCAUGUUGAUGUGGCUUCCUGACCCGACCGGUCAAUACUCCUGCCACCGAGCGGUCGGCAAUCUCGUCACCAUGGCCGUUUUUAACAUUGUAACCGAUAUCGCCCUCAUCAUUUUCCCGUUUCCCAUCCUUCGUCACGUCAAGCUUGACGGAAAAGUAAAAGCGCAACUCAUUCUCCUCUUCAGCAUUGCUGGUCUCAUUGUAGUAAUUACCAUCAUGCGACUGCCCAUGAUACUGAACCAGGCAGUAUCGCAGAGGUCUCGCUCCAUGUGGGCAUCCAUCGAGAUACUCUGCGCUUGCAUCGUCGCAAACACCGCGUUCUUCUACGCACUCCUCAAAGACUACCAACGAGGCCAUCCCAUCGCCCGAAAUGAGGCGGGGUUCGGAGCCGUCAGACCGGCUAGAAACGGCGGAUUGCUGGAGGCGGGAGAGCAGGUCGAGUAG